AUGGAGUUGCUCCCUGUCGCGCAAUCAAAGGACCAAGGAAGAGAACAACAACAUGAGGACGAUGCAUCCACCACAAAUCUGCUCGCCCCUCCACGCCCUCAGUCUCAGCGCUUUCAUUCUCACGACCAUCAGUCUUCGCACUCCAACCGCUCUCAACCACCAAGACUGUGGCAAAUAUCCUGGUGGCUUCUCACCAUAGUCCUGAGCGCUUUCAUUCUUGCCACGGUCAAGAUCUACCAUUCUCAGGGGAACUUUGACUCUGCGCAGAAGCAUGUCUUCAAUACCAUUACCACGGCUUUGAUUCUAGCUUUGGGUCUGAAUUUCUUCGAAGCAUUCAAGUCCUUAGCUAAAGGCUACAAAUGGAAAAUAUUAGAGCAGGCACAUUACCCUCGUCAAGAGAAGGGAUUGAUUUCCAACAUCGAGAACCUGACUGAUGUGCUGGUCCUUGGCUGGGAAUCUCUCAUUGCCAUCAACAUUCUCGCGCAAGUUUCAGUCGCAAUGAUCAGUCUGACAUACAGCGUCGUGGAUGGCACAAGCUGGAACAAUACGUAUACAAGACCCGGUGUCGCCAGUGCAUCCAAUUUGAAAUGCUACGCUUUCGGUCCCAAAGGUCGUUGUGGUGAAGGCAACCAAGCUCGGGCCCAUGCGUAUGGAGAUAUGGCUUUGGCAUUCCCUUGCGGCGCCUACAACGAUACCUCACAGAUAUUAACGUCCCGACAAAACUCCCGCUAUUAUUGCAGACGGACCCGUCAUCAACAGGAAUUUGCAUAUCGCUUCAACGAGUAUAAUCUUAAUGAUACGCAGCAAGCAUACCCAAGAUUUACUCAACGAAUCGUCACAGCCUCGGCUGGACAAUGUUUCAACUAUACAAUGGUCGGUGAUCCUCGUGAUCUACCGGAUGGCAAUGUCUUCUACGAGUAUAGCAAUGGCACCUUCAGUAGCAACAUUACAAUCCCUGGUCAAAGUGGCGCUUGGGAUGGUACUACGUAUAUCUACAGAGGAUCCGAACCUCCAGAAGAAGCGGAGCUAUAUGCAUGCGGCCCUCGGUGUUUAUGGAUGUGGGCCCACAAAUCCCGCGGUCAUGGCGAGCCAUCUACGUUCUACCAGUGUCCCAUCACCGUAAACCCAGUGAGCAAUACAUCGAACGAUACACAGCAAAUCUCAGACGGCAUAGCCCGUCUCGCAGCCGCGUCAAUCGCAAUACAAGGUCGCCCCAUCAACGCAAACGUCUCGAGAGAAUAUCAACUCUAUGCCUUUGGGUCUCACUGGGAGGUGCACUUCAAAGAACCCGACCAGGUCGGCGCGAACAUGGCCGAGUUCGCAAUCGGAUCCAUCUCCACGAUGGCGUGGACGAAUCCUCGAAUUCCAGUCAAAGGCUUGGUGCCUUACCUCGGCAGUCACGUCGAAGUGAAUUGGUAUUACCUUAUACCACUGGUUGCCGGCAUCAACGGCGCCCACCUAGCGCUCUUCAUGUUAAACAUUUACGCUACAUAG